AGUAGGGAGCUAUCUUUUUCGGAAGUAGUUUUAUUCUGAAAGACGCUAACCGGAAAUAUUCAACCCCCUAUUUUACGGGAGGUCCUAGCAUCACAGCAGAGGCUCGUUUGCUCUCCAGCCGUGCGGACGUGUUUGCUCCUACCCGCCUUCCUCGCUUCUUUCCGCGGACUCUUUACGGAUAUAUCUACCCCCUCGUUCUCGUCUCUUCUCUUUUUGUGGCCAUUUACGGUUCCUCUUCUUUGGACUAUUAUUCGUCUGAUGGUGUGCGCCGAUGCCAAGAGAUGGGUAAACUGCACUCGAAACAUGCCACUAUUUGCAAAGCGAGGGAGAGCCCAGAAGGCGACAGCUUUGUAGUUAAUGCCUGUUUGGCUCGGAAGGGACUGGAUGACUGGCUGGUGAAACAAGACUGUCACCUGAAGACCAAGUGCGCUUUGGGCACCCGGGACGCCAUCAAUGAAGCGUGCGCUCGGGGGAUUGGAGAUGAGCACUACCGCUUAGAAGUGGCUCUACCCCCGGAGAAGUCAGACAGCUGCUGCGUGGAGGAGAAGAUGCAGGAGAGGGACGUCCAAUCCCCCGCAGGGCCGCAAAAGCAGCUCCAGUUUGAAGAGUUGGAGUGCGCCGUGUCCGUGGAGGAGGACAACCGACAGGAGUGGACCUUCACCCUCUACGACUUCGACAACAACGGCAAAGUCACCAGAGAGGACAUCACCAGUCUUCUCCACACCAUCUACGAGGUCGUGGAUGCCUCCGUCAACCAUUCGCCGAGCAGCAGUAAGACCUUACGGGUCAAGCUGUCCGUGGCUCCGGACUCCAGCCAGCGGUGGAGGACUUGCACGCAAGGCGCCGCAGAUGUUGCCCACCCGAGGGAGAGAAAUGACAAGUGUACAGAAGACCCCAGGGGUGCAGACAAGAAGAGUCGAGCACUGAUUAGGCGCCACCACAGCGACCACCACACCCAGCCGGGCUGCCAGAGGAACUGUGUGGACGAGAACCUCGAGCGACGGAAUCACUACUUGGACCUGGCCGGCAUCGAGAACUAUACGUCGCGCUUCGGAGCCGCGACGGCCACAGAACAGCCCAAGGCAGAACCCCAGACCCGGUCGUCCAACCAGACGCGCUCUCGGUCCCAUGAACCAGAAAACGGCCACCCCCAUCCCCACACCCACCACCACCGCCGCUUGCAGCAAACCGUCAUGGACGGCCCCGACAGCCACCACCACCACCACCCCGGCCGGACGCGGGGCCAAGACUCCGGGAAAGCCGCCCUGCGCUCACCCAAGACCCACGCCCGCGCUCCUGCCGCCCAAAUCGGGAGCAGGGUGAUGCGGAGCAGGGGUCUCCCUCCGCCGCCGGCGCUCCCCAGCCAGACGCCCCCUCACCAGUCGUCUGCCCCGUACCGCAAGCACAAGCAGCGCGCCAAGGAGAGCUACCGCGCGCUGGGCACCCUGGCGGCGUCGGGGCCCGUGGUGGAGAAAGAGCAAGUGAGGGAGCUGCCAGGGGUGCUGCUCUACGAGGGCCGGCUGGCGCAGGUGGUGCAGCGGCACGAGCACCAUCACCACCAUGAACACCACCACCACUACCAUCAUUUCUAUCAAUCCUGAACACCCGCCGCCCCUUUUGGGACCCGGAAAUCGUAUCAUUCACGAUAAAUCAGUGUUAUAUAUGAACAGUAUGACCGGUUCCACGACCACAGGACUGAGGAUCAUGGCCGGGGACCGCCGAGGGAUCACGGGGGCGGUCCCCGUGAAUGCCGCCGCCCACUCCCGGCCCCACAAAUCCACCGACUAGUGAUCGUUGUGGCAACAAAGCAGAUCUUUCCAGACCACUAAGCCAAGAUGUUGAAGGCCUGUGAUGUAAAGAUACAGUAUAUGAAGGGUGUGUGUGUGUGUGUGUGUGUGUGUGUGUGUGUGUGUGUGUGUGUGUCACGACACUGGUGUCUGUCAAAAACCACUUUGUGGCUGCGUGAGUAUUUAAAGUCGGAGGCUAAAAAUGAAGAAUCUGAGCGUCCCUUCAACGCUGGAAGGAAACCCCCAAUCUGCUGCUACCUCUGUUGUUUUAAUGACUUAGCACCAAGAGGUUACAUCAUUUUUAUUUUUUUUUUUUUACUUUUUUUUUUUUACAUUUUGGGUCACAAUCUGCAGUAGUGAAGCUUACUUUUACUAACUCUUGACUGUUCAUAAGUUAUAUAUAUAUAUAUAUAUUGUUAUGGAUUUUAUAAGCUUUAUGGAUAAUGUGACAUCUUUGUACGGACUCGCUAAAGCCCUCUUUGACUUUUAUACGACUGUGCAAAAGCCUCUUUUUCUAUUAUCUGUCCGCUUCAGUCACAAACGCCCUUCUCACAAUCAUGCUCAGAAUACUGUUUUUUAUUAUUAUUAUUAUUAUUUUUUUACGACCGUAUGACAAAAAAAACCCAACUCUCAACAGCGCCAACCGAUGGACGAAAAAAACAUUGACAUAAUAUUAUAUCAGUACUUUGAGUGUAGAGAAAGACUUUCCAAUAUUAUGAAUAGUUCAUAUUAUCGGAACUCACGCAGAAUAAGAACAUGUAGCACAAGGGAUCAGUAUUCAAACCCACCUAUGUUGUCUUUGAUUCAUUCAUUUUCUACCGCUUAUUCUCACGAGGGUCGCGGGGGGGGGUACUGGAGCCUAUCCCAGCUGUCUUCGGGCAAGAGAGACUGGGUACACCCUGGACUGGUGGCCAGCCAAUCACAGGGCACAUAUAGACAAACAACCAUUCACACUCACAUUCAUACCUAUGGACAGUUUGGAGUCGCUAAUUUAACCUAGCAUGUUUUUGGAAUGUGGGAGGAAACCGGAGUACCCGGAGAAAACCCACGCAACAUGCAAACUCCACACAGAGAUGGCUAGGGUGGAAUCGAACCCUGGUCCUAUGUUGUCUUUUUUUUAUUUAUUUAUGUAAAGCAACAAAUCAAGCAACUUUUUCUUUUACUGUUCUCGACGAAAAGCAGGUCCUGCUGUAACCACGCCCACCCCCAAACCUAAAAGCACAAAAAGGGUUAUUUGUGAUUAAUUAAUCGAUUAAUCCUGUAUUUGUUGCACCAGAGAUGGACCAAAUCAGCGGCAUGCAACAUUUCAAAAAAGAGACGAAAGGUUGAAAUCUGAGGAUAUUUACUUUUAAAAUUAAAAAAAAUGAUUAAUCGAUUACCAAAAUAAUUGUUGAUUAAUUGGAUCGGCGAUUAAUCAUAAUUUAUUGUUGUAGCGUCAUUUGUAUUUCAAAAUAUGUUUUUUUUUUUUUUUUUUGUCCAUAAAAAUGGCAUGCCCAUGCGUCAUGACCAAUUAUGCAAAUUAGAUGAUUGUCAUCUAGACCCGCCCCCCCCCACUCUGAAACCACAAAGAAAUCCUGUGGGAUAAAACUGCUGACAACGUGACAAAUGUGCUAAAGCUCAUUAGGGUUGUAGUCAUUAUUUUUAUUAUUUUUUUUGCAUUAGAAUCUCAAUAGUGGAAAAAAUAUGUGUGGCAAAGAUCAUAAUUUCAAUUUUCUUGAAGUUUAUUUAUAAUAUAUAAAUUUUUUUCUGGAGUUGCUAUUUCGAUUUUUCAAUACAACAAGACCUCUGUGUCUGAAAUAUUCCCAUGAGACCCCCCACCCUUCCGUAGCAUGUGUCUCCGUUUAUGUUGUUGCUCUACCAGCUGUCUCCAUUCCUCUGGUGGCGUCGAACCGUGGACACCCGUCCCCCGCGGGUGUCUCCAAGUCGUCUCAUAACUCGUCUUGCCUGUAGCCCACCCUGUGUGCCUGACCCUUAACUCUUCUACGCCUGAACCGCAAAUGGUGGAAAAUUGGUCAAAAUGUGCACCCCUACUGUGUUACUUGUAUUAUUAUUAUUAUUAUUUUUCGGACGAAUACACCCCAAAUUUGACCCCCGUAAGUCGAACAGACUUGAAAUUUCUCGAUAUAAACACCCACUGUAACUUUACUAACAAAAUUUGGUACACCCUUUUAUGGGACUGACAAGCUAACGUUUGUAAAAUCUGAGCAAGAUGGCCGCCAUCAAGCAAAAUGUCUGCUGUGGGCGGGACUUAGCAACUCCUCGGGGUAUUAAGCGUUUGUCUAAUGAUUACAAAAUUUUGAAAACAUGGGUUCCACAAGGGGGUCUACCACAGCUGUGCCCCAGUACCACUUUCCUAGCCCCCUCGACCACAAACAAGUCUGCGUCGUAGUAGGAAAGGUCAGAGUUCAGCCUAGUGGGUCGUAUCCGGUUACUGACGAUUUCAAGCCAAGUGUUUGAAUCCGGUCCAUCGAGGGUUGGGGAAUCUUUGUGUCGUUUGGUCGCCGUUUGUCAUUUUUUUGAGCCAUUUCACCAAUUUUUAAAAAAAUGUCCUGUCGAUCUGAUGUACAAAGAAAUGAAGGAUUAUUUAUGACGACAAAAAACUCACUUAGCACUAGCUCUUUUCCAUGCUAAUGUUGUCUUCCUGUAGCUUCCAUGUAGCUCAUUCAUUGCUUUUAUUUAUUGGACAGCAGAUCUGUGCCGAAAGCAGGCGGUGAAGCCCAUUUAUUGUUAUUAAACUAUGAGCCUGUUUUGAA